AUGGAGUGGAGUGUGUUUGUCCUGGUGUUGUCGUUUAGCCCACUGCACACGGUCCACGCGGAUUGUGCCAAUUGGUGUUCGACAUGUAACUCCGUCCUGGACAGCUCUAUCAAACCAUUGACCUGCACUUUAGAGUGUGAAGGGGUAGUGCUUUCUACCAAUGAGUGGGAAAAAUGUGACAAAGCAUUUCACUCCUACAAGCCUGACCAUUUUGGCAUUGUGGAUGAAGCCCUUCUUGACCUAGGCACUGAUGGAAAGGAAGAUGAGAGUGCAGAGACACAGUUUGGAAAACAGCGCAAUCGUCUUGGUAAUCAUGAUGGGGGCUUCUUGAAGAUCGACAAGAGCAGAAUUAAUGCCAAACAAUUAGCCCAACAAAAUGGUUACAAUGGACAAAAUCUGAAAUAUGGAGGGAAUCUGCCAAUGUUUGGUGACCGGGAUGCCACUGAAUUAGAGAAGAAUACUCAGGAACUUGCAGCUGCAAUGGAGAAUCUACUGGGAAAAAGUAGUGUCAGCCCCAACACCCAAGAGGAAAAGCGUUAUGGAGGAUUCAUGAAAGGCUUUGGUUUCAAGAGAAAUGCAGAACUUGGUGAUGAAGAAGAUCAAAAUAUGGAGCUGCAAAAGAGAUAUGGGGGUUUCAUGAGAAGAAUUGGUAGACCAAGAUAUAAAUGGGAUAAUCAAAAAAGAUAUGGUGGCUUCCUGAGGCGCCAUUUCCGGGUUUCAGUGAGGUCAGAUGAUGGUGAUGCAAAUGAUUAUUCUGAAGAGAAUUCAGACUUCUAA